UUCCGCAAAUCUGCGGUAACAAUUUAGUCACGACUUAAAGAAGUGUCUUGCGUUUGUUAGUUUUACAGUUUUUACUGCGUGUUGCAUGUCAACUGUUGUCGCCACCAAAUUGCGAAGAAUUUGUGAAAUAAGUGAAGCUAAAAGUGAAUAUUAGUUCCCUGCUAACUGUUAACUAAGAGUUACAACGUGGUAAAGGUGAUGGUAUGUGUCAUAUUUGACUUCUUCAAGUCAAACUGCCGGGUGACUGGAGCCCCAGAGAAGAAAAGCAUCCUAAAGUAUCCAUCAGAGGUCUGUGCCACUUCGCAAAAUGUUCAUGGAGGAGCAGUCCUGUCAAGGUGUGGAGAUUUCGGGUCUCAGGGCUGUGAUUUCACCCCGCUCUGGCAUGUUAUUGGCCAAUUCAAGACCCAAGUCCUGGAUUCCUCUGGGAGAAGCUUGCUGCUGAGUGUCAGAACCCAGUCGGAGAAAAAAAGUCACUCUCUUUCAACACAUGAGUGGGUGAUCCGAGAGAAGUACCUGGCCGACAUCUCAGUGGCAGUCCAAAACGCAAAAUUGAUAGCCAUCAUCAGAGGAACUGCAGCCUGGAAAAGUGGAAAAAUGACUUUCCUCCCUUCAUCUCAAGUGCUCACACCAAAAGUACAACAGAUUUUACCACCCAGGCUGCCAUCUUUGUUCCUUUUACACUCCACUGGAAGCAGCAGGAAGACCAGACCAUUGGAAGUCGAGACUAGGAAAGACUAGGAAUAACACAGAAGGCGGAGAGACAAUAUUCUGGAUGAGCCCAGCACUGAUAAAUGGAUGCCAGCGUCCGCCCUGUAGCGCAGACUCUUGUUCAGAGUGGCAGAUCAUUUUGUGCCACGGAGAGAGUGUGUGAGAGGAAGCGAGAGAGCGGGAGAGAGAUGUUGGCUGCCUGUCUGUCCUUGCUUGUGGCAUCUGUGAUUGCAACAGCGAGCCAUUUGCAUCGAUCUACUUCAGAGAAAGUCUAGCAUCUGGAUAGUUACAUUGUCCAAAUACUGCUGGGGAGACAAGCCAUACAUAUAUAUAGACACAAACACACACAUCAUAAAGGCGUACCAUACAUACAGAACAAUGCUUUUGUAGUCCCUGUUCUUACAAAAACUUUCCCAAAACCAAUUAAUUUUUUUGAUAUUCUUAUGAACCCAGUAGUUUUUUUUGUUUUUACAGUAACAGGCUAUGGAAGACAAUAAUGGAUCUGCAAUUUAGGGCUUGCAGUCAGAGAUGAAGCUUAGUAUUUCAAUUACUUUGAUUUUAGAAGGCCAGAACAAUACGACUGUCUUAAUAUUAUUUAUUGCAGAGCAGUGCUCAUUAUACAUAUUCACAAGUGAAAAAUAACAGUCUUUUCACAACAAUGGAGCAGACACUAAAUUUGUACCCCCAUUGUCUUCUUAAUUAUGAUUUAACACAAUUAACAAGUAGAGAUUGCUUUAACACAUCGCCCGCUGUGUAGUCUUAAGAAAUCAUUUGGAUAUAAGACAAAUUAUUGAGCUCAAUCAUUUGUAGUUGUGAUUCAUAUUUUACAAACUGUUAUUCACACAUUUGAUACAGCAUGUGUGGAUACAUAUUUAGGAAUUUGCAUCUGGGCUCUAAUUGUAAUU